AGUUGUAGCGAUGGGGUGGCUUGUGUUGAUCUGUUUCACUGCUUUAUCUAUUCUGAGUGUCACUGAUGCUCUGGGCGGUAACCAUGUCAGCAGCAUCUGCAGCACUUGGGGCAGACAACAUUUCAAGACAUUUGAUGGAGACGUGUUUGAGUUCCCCGGUUUGUGUGAAUACAACCUUGUGUCUGACUGCCAUGAGUCCUACCAGGAGUUCUCAGUGCACCUGAAGAGAGCAGAGAGAUCUGACGGGAUAUUUACUGUCGUCUAUGUGGUGGUGAUCAUUAAUGACUUGUCAAUACACCUCAACAAAGAUCAAGUCACUGUCAAUGAUAUUUUAGUGACAAUGCCAUACUACAGAGCAGGAGUUAAAUUGGAACAAAACAGUGUCUACAUUAAGCUUGAGUCUUCAGUUGGGAUUGUUGUCUUGUGGAACAGAGAUGAUGCAGUUAUGGUUGAAGUAGAUCCUGAAUAUGCAAGCCGCACUUGCGGCUUGUGUGGAGAUUACAAUGGUAUAUCCCACAAUGAAUUCAUUCAUAAUGGACGUAUAAUUAGCCCUGUUGAGUUUGGCAACAUGCACAAAGUCCAUCGUCCAAAUGAUGACUGUGAAGAUCCCUAUGAAGAAGAUGAGCAACUACUGGAAGCAACACCAGAUUCAUGCAAGGAGUUUCAAAACAUCUGUACCCAGGAGCUAAAUUCAAAUAAGUGGAGCUCCUGUACAAUUCUUAUCAACCCUGAGCCAUACAUCAAGGCCUGUGCACAGGACAUGUGCUACUGCUCAAAUAACACCAAUAACGCCUGCAUCUGCAGCACAUUAUCUGAAUUCUCUCGACAGUGCUCCCACGCAGGAGGACAGCCUCCCAACUGGAGAACACCUGAGUUCUGUGCUAAAAGUUGCCCGCACAACAUGAUUUAUAAGGAGAGCAGUUCACCAUGUCUGGACACAUGUACUAACCAGGACACUAGUUCACUGUGUGAGGACCACAAAAUGGAUGGAUGCUUCUGUCCUCUUGGCACUGUCUUUGAUGACGUUUCCAUGAGAGGGUGCAUAGAUCAAACUGAAUGUCAAUGCAAACAUGACCGAAUCUACAAUCCUGGAGAACUUUACAGACAAGAAACUAAGGAAUGUACAUGUGUUGGUGGUAAAUGGGCAUGUAAAGACAUUCAAGGGCCUGCUACAUGUGCUGUGGAGGAGGGCUCUCAUAUAACAACUUUUGAUGGAAAAACAUAUACUUUUCACGGGGGCUGUUUCUACACUUUAGCCAGAGUAGAGCAAAAGGAUGAUGUCAGCCCUAAAUUUACAAUCUUGGCUCAGCUAAUGCCAUGUGCACACCAACAGUACGACACUUGUCUUAAGUCCGUCAAGAUCCUGUUGAACAAUGAUAGAAACAAUGUGUUAGUAUUCACAUCUGAUGGGUCAGUGAAGUACAACACGCAAACAAUAACUUUACCUUACAAUUCAGGUGACAUCAACAUUUUUCAAGCCUCAUCUUUCCACAUCAUACUACAAAGCAGCUUUGGUCUGCAAAUACAAAUCCAACAUGUGCCUAUGAUGCAGAUCUAUGUCAGCCUCUCUCAGAGCUACAAAGCAAAAACCAAAGGUUUAUGUGGGAACUUCAACAUGAUCUUGUCUGACGACUUGAAAACGCCUCAGGGCAUCGUGGAGAGAACAGCAGUGGUAUUUACCAACUCUUGGAAAACAAAUUUUAUGUGUGAAGACGGAGUGGAGAGACUGGAUGACCCAUGUGCACUUAGUUUGGAAAAUGAAAAGUAUGCCAAGCACUGGUGUGGCUUGCUGCAAAGUGCAAAUGGUUCCUUCGCCCGGUGUCACUCAGAAGUUGAUCCUGAUGUUUACUACAAGCGAUGUACAUAUGCCACCUGUAAUUGUGAGAAGAGUGAGGCUUGUCUCUGUGCUGUCUUGUCCUCUUAUGCAAGAGCUUGUGCAGCUAAAGGGAUAUUUCUCACUGACUGGAGAGACAAUGUUUGCGAGAAAUAUUCCCAGAGCUGCCCAGCGUCACAGACAUUUUCCUACAACCAUCACCGGUGUCAGCUCACAUGCAGAUCACUGAGCACAAACCAACAGAGCUGUACAAAUAACUUUUUACCUGUUGAUGGGUGCUCCUGUGCUGAGGGUACGUUCGUGGACGACAAUGGCUUGUGUGUCCCUGUUGAGAAAUGCCCCUGCCAUUACAAUGACCUCACCAUCAAAUCAGGAAAAUCCAUUAAUAUCAAAGAUGAACACUGUGUUUGCACCAAUGGAGUUCUUCACUGCCAUUCAUGGAGAAUUCGCUCUUGGACCUGUGCUCCUCCAAAGGUGUACAUUAACUGCUCCGCCGCAGGAAUAGGAGAGGUUGGAGCCCAGUGUGCUCUGUCUUGUUUAAACCUGGACAACAAUGAAUGUAGCGCUACAGAGUGUGAAUCUGGCUGCCACUGUCCUAAUGGCCUCUUUGACGAUGGUAGAGGCUCUUGUGUUAAAGAACAUGACUGUCCAUGUCAGCAUGAUGCCCACUUCUAUGUGUCUGGCACAAAGAUCCCUAAAGACUGCAACUCUUGUACAUGCAAAAGUGGAAAGUGGCACUGUACAGAGAACAAAUGCCCAGGAACAUGCACCAUUUAUGGGAGUGGUCACUAUUCAACAUUUGACCAGAAAACAUACGGGUUCAAUGGAAAUUGUCAAUAUGUUGCUGUUAAAAACAAAUGCAACAACCAAACAGUGGAAGAUGACUUUGGCGUUGUGACGGAGAAUGUUCAAUGUGGAAAUUCAGGCAAAAUAUGUUCCAAAAUUGUCAGAAUCCAGCUUGGGCGUGUGGAAAUUAAACUGUCAAAGGGUAAAUAUGAAGAGCUGGAUCUGGGUCAUGGUUCUUAUCUUCAGUACAGAGUAAGAAAAGUGGGCAUGUACAUUAUCGUUGAGUCUGACAUUGGUGUUGCUGUCAUGUGGGAUCGCAAAACAACAGUCAGGAUUCUCCUUGAACCAAAGCAUGCUGGUGUGAUUUGUGGAUUGUGUGGAGAUUUUGAUGGCGAUGCAAGAAAUGACUUUACCACCCAAGGCAACCUGUUAGUUAGCAGUGCCAUAGAGUUUGGUAACAGCUGGAAAGUGCACAGCAGCUGUCCAGAUGUGGAGGAAAACAUUCAUCCAUGUACAGUGGCCCCUAAUCGAGAACACUGGGCUAAACUUAUGUGUAGCAUCAUAAAGGGAGAGACAUUCAAAGACUGCCACCAAAAGGUGCCCCCUCAGGAGUACUAUGAAAACUGUGUACGGGACUCAUGUGCCUGUGACUCAGGAGGAGACUGCGAGUGCUACUGUUCAGCAGUUGCAGCGUAUGCACAAGCUUGCAAUGAGGCUGGAGUGUGUGUGGCUUGGAGGACUCCAGAAAUCUGCCCUGUUUUUUGUGAUUACUACAAUGGCCCAGGAGAAUGCAUAUGGCACUACAGUCCUUGUCACACUCCAUGUUAUAAGACCUGUCUGAAUCCAGAAGGAAUAUGUUCUUCACCUUUACCAAACUUGGAAGGCUGUUAUCCAGUAUGUCCUGAAGAUAAGCCUAUAUUUGAUGAAGAAACAGGAGAGUGUGUAGUACAAUGUAAUAUUUCUACUACUACACCAUCUCCUCCAACUACUACACCGCCUACUACUACAACUACACCUACGCCAACACCAUCUACAACUACUACUGAAACGCCCACCACGACCACAUCCCCAACCACUACAACUACUGUUACAACAACUCCUACGCCAACACCAUCUACAACUACUACUGAAACGGCCACCACGACCCCAACCCCAACCACUACAACUACAGUUACAACAACUCCUACGCCAACAUCAUCUACAACUACUACUGAAACCCCCACCACGACCACAACCCCAACCACUACAACUACUACAAUUACAACACCUACCAUCACUCCCACACCAUGCAUCCCCACCUGUGAGUGGUCGGAUUGGUAUGACGUUCAUCACCCAGACAAUCAAGUCGACAGAAGUGACUGGGAGACGUAUAAAAACAUUACAGACAGUGGUCUUGUGAUAUGUGAUUCACCUACAGAGAUCGACUGCAGAUCGAGUGAGUUUCCAGACAUGAGCUUUGAGGAUUUUGUGAGCGGCACACAGCAAGUGGUCACCUGCAAUGUCUCCUAUGGACUGAUCUGUAGACAGCAAGACCAGCCUUAUAAAAGGAAGUGUCGAAACUAUAAGAUCAGAGUGUGCUGUGAGAUCCCCUGUCAUUCUACCACUACAUCAAUGACUACUACAACACCACCUACAACAACUACUACUGAAACGCCCACCACGACCACACCCCCAACCACUACAACUACAUCACCUACUACUACUACUACAACUCCUACACCAUCUACAACGACUAUUACUGAAACACCCACCCCCACCACAACCCCAACCACUACAACUAUAUCACCUACUACUACUACUACAACUCCUACGCCAACACCAUCUACAACUACUACUGAAACGCCCACCACGACCACACCCCCAACCACUACAACUACAUCACCUACUACUACUACUACAACUCCUACACCACCUUCAACAACUACUACUGAAACGCCCACCACGACCACACCCCCAACCACUACAACUACAUCACCUACUACUACUACUACAACUCCUACACCACCUUCAACAACUACUACUGAAACGCCCACCACGACCACACCCCCAACCACUACAACUACAUCACCUACUACUACUACUACUACAACUCCUACACCACCUUCAACAACUACUACUGAAACGCCCACCACGACCACACCCCCAACCACUACAACUACAUCACCUACUACUACUACUACUACAACUCAUACGCCUACAACAACUACUACAGAAACGCCCACCACGACCACAUCCCCAACCACUACAACUACUGCUACAACAACUCCUACGCCAACACCAUCUACAACUACUACUGAAACACCCACCACAACCACAACCCCAACCACUACAACUAUAUCACCUACUACUACUACUACAACUCCUACGCCAACACCAUCUACAACUACUACUGAAACGCCCACCACGACCACACCCCCAACCACUACAACUACAUCACCUACUACUACUACUACAACUCCUACACCACCUUCAACAACUACUACUGAAACGCCCACCACGACCACACCCCCAACCACUACAACUACAUCACCUACUACUACUACUACUACAACUCCUACACCACCUUCAACAACUACUACUGAAACGCCCACCACGACCACACCCCCAACCACUACAACUACAUCACCUACUACUACUACUACUACAACUCCUACACCACCUUCAACAACUACUACUGAAACGCCCACCACGACCACACCCCCAACCACUACAACUACAUCACCUACUACUACUACUACUACAACUCAUACGCCUACAACAACUACUACAGAAACGCCCACCACGACCACAUCCCCAACCACUACAACUACUGCUACAACAACUCCUACGCCAACACCAUCUACAACUACUACUGAAACGCCCACCACGACCACAUCCCCAACCACUACAACUACUGUUACAACAACUCCUACGCCUACACCAUCUACAACUACUACUGAAACACCCACCACGACCACAACCCCAACCACUACAACUACUACAAUUACAACACCUACCAUCACUCCCACACCAUGCAUCCCCACCUGUGAGUGGUCGGAUUGGUAUGACGUUCAUCACCCAGACAAUCAAGUCGACAGAAGUGACUGGGAGACGUAUAAAAACAUUACAGACAGUGGUCUUGUGAUAUGUGAUUCACCUACAGAGAUCGACUGCAGAUCGAGUGAUUAUCCAGACAUGAGCUUUGAGGAUUUUGUGAGCGGCACACAGCAAGUGGUCACCUGCAAUGUCUCCUAUGGACUGAUCUGUAGACAGCAAGACCAGCCUUAUAAAAGGAAGUGUCGAAACUAUAAGAUCAGAGUGUGCUGUGAGAUCCCCUGUCAUUCUACCACUACAUCAAUGACUACUACAACACCACCUACAACAACUACUACUGAAACGCCCACCACGACCACACCCCCAACCACUACAACUACAUCACCUACUACUACUACUACAACUCCUACGCCAUCUACAACGACUAUUACUGAAACACCCACCCCCACCACAACCCCCACCACUACAACUAUAUCACCUACUACUGUUACAACAACUCAUACGCCUACACCAUCUACAACUACUACUGAAACGCCCACCACAACCACACCCCCAACCACUACAACUACAUCACCUACUACUACUACUACUACAACUCAUACGCCUACAACAACUACUACAGAAACACCCACCACGACUACAUCCCAAACCACUACAACUACAUCACCUACUACUACUACGACAACUCCUACGCCUACACCAUCUACAACAACUACUGAAACGCCCACCACGACCACAUCCCCAACCACUACAACUACAUCACCUACUACUACUACUACUACAACUCAUACGCCUACAACAACUACUACAGAAACACCCACCACGACCACAUCCCAAACCACUACAACUACAUCACCUACUACUACUACGACAACUCCUACGCCUACACCAUCUACAACAACUACUGAAACGCCCACCACGACCACAUCCCCAACCACUACAACUACAUCACCUACUACUACUACUACAACUCCUACGCCAUCUACAACGACUAUUACUGAAACACCCACCCCCACCACAACCCCAACCACUACAACUAUAUCACCUACUACUGUUACAACUCAUACGCCUACACCAUCUACAACUACUACAGAAACACCCACCACGACCACAUCCCAAACCACUACAACUACAUCACCUACUACUACUACUACAACUCCUACGCCAUCUACAACGACUAUUACUGAAACACCCACCCCCACCACAACCCCAACCACUACAACUAUAUCACCUACUACUGUUACAACUCAUACGCCUACACCAUCUACAACAACUACUGAAACACCCACCACAACCACAUCCCCAACCACUACAACUACAUCACCUACUACUACUACUACAACUCCUACGCCUACACCUUCUACAACAACUACUGAAACGCCCACUACGACCACAUCCCCAACCACUACAACUACAUCACCUACUACUACUACUACUACAACUCAUACGCCUACAACAACUACUACAGAAACACCCACCACGACCACAUCCCAAACCACUACAACUACAUCACCUACUACUACUACGACAACUCCUACGCCUACACCAUCUACAACAACUACUGAAACGCCCACCACAACCACAUCCCCAACCACUACAACUACAUCACCUACUACUACUACUACUACAACUCAUACGCCUACAACAACUACUACAGAAACACCCACCACGACCACAUCCCAAACCACUACAACUACAUCACCUACUACUACUACGAUAACUCCUACGCCUACACCAUCUACAACAACUACUGAAACGCCCACUACGACCACACCCCCAACCACUACAACUACAUCACCUACUACUACUACUACUACAACUCAUACGCCUACAACAACUACUACAGAAACACCCACCACGACCACAUCCCAAACCACUACAACUACAUCACCUACUACUACUACAACAACUCCUACGCCUACACCAUCUACAACAACUACUGAAACGCCCACUACGACCACAUCCCCAACCACUACAACUACAUCACCUACUACUGUUACAACAACUGCUACGCCUACACCAUCUACAACUACUACUGAAACACCCACUACGACCACACCCCCAACCACUACAACUACAUCACCUACUACUACUACUACUACAACUCAUACGCCUACAACAACUACUACAGAAACACCCACCACGACCACAUCCCAAACCACUACAACUACAUCACCUACUACUACUACAACAACUCCUACGCCUACACCAUCUACAACAACUACUGAAACGCCCACUACGACCACAUCCCCAACCACUACAACUACAUCACCUACUACUGUUACAACAACUGCUACGCCUACACCAUCUACAACUACUACUGAAACACCCACUACGACCACACCCCCAACCACUACAACUACAUCACCUACUACUACUACUACUACAACUCAUACGCCUACAACAACUACUACAGAAACACCCACCACGACCACAUCCCAAACCACUACAACUACAUCACCUACUACUACUACAACAACUCCUACGCCUACACCAUCUACAACAACUACUGAAACGCCCACUACGACCACACCCCCAACCACUACAACUACAUCACCUACUACUGUUACAACAACUGCUACGCCUACACCAUCUACAACAACUACUGAAACGCCCACCACAACCACAUCCCCAACCACUACAACUACAUCACCUACUACUACUACUACAACUCCUACGCCUACACCAUCUACAACAACUACUGAAACGCCCACUACGACCACAUCCCCAACCACUACAACUACAUCACCCACUACUACUGUGGUGAGUAGCACCACACCGUGUUUCUGCAUCUUCAACGGAAAACAUUACGUGUCAGGGGAGGUAAUUUAUGACAUGGAACAUAUUGGUUCAGGAGUUUGUCUCACAAUGAUAUGUUCAGAUAUUUGUGAACUAACCAACACGACUGUGUCCUGCUGUCCGGACUGGGAUGUUGCGCAAAAUGAGACAUUUUUCCUUUGCAACUGCACUAUGGCUAGAUGUAUUGAAAAUAACACAAUUGAAAUAGUUCCAUAUGAGUGCCCACCUCUUGAAGACCUAAAAUGUAGCAAUGGAAAGAAACCAGUUCCGGUGUAUGAUGAAUAUUAUUGUUGUCAAUAUAUGGCUUGUGACUGUGUAUGCGAGGGCUGGGGAGACCCCCAUUAUAUAACCUUUGAUGGAUUAUAUUACAGUUAUCAAGGGAAUUGUACAUAUGUUUUGAUGGAAGAAAUUACACCAAAAUACAAUCUGAAGAUUUUAAUUGACAAUGUUUAUUGUGAUCCCACUGAAGAUGUGUCCUGUCCUAGAUCUAUAAUUGUUUCAUACAAAUCACUUGUUGUAACACUCAAGAAUCAUAAUCUCAUUGGGGUUGCACAGCUGGAGGCAAUCGAAGAUGGAAAACCACUACCACUACCUUACUCAAAAGAAGGAGUUAAGAUCAUGAGUACUGGGAUAAAUCUAGUUUUGGAAAUCCCCUACCUCAAAGUAAUCAUUACAUUUGGUAUAACUGGGUUUACCGUAAACCUUCCAUAUGAAAACUUUGGCAGGAACACCCAAGGCCACUGUGGAACCUGCAACAACAACCAGGCUGACGACUGCAUGUUACCUGGAGGCCAGUUGGCUGGUAGUUGUGAUGUGAUGGCUGACUAUUGGCUGGCACAAGACAUUUACCAACCAAACUGCCAAAUACCCUCUGUGGUGCCCACCAGCAAGCCUGAACCUCCUCCAACAAUGAUUCCCUGCAAGCCAGACUCAAUGUGUGACAUGCUUCACAGCAGUGUGUUUGCCAAGUGCCACUUGUUUGUCUCUCCAGACAGAUUCUAUCAGGGUUGUGUUUUUGAUAGCUGCCAUGUUGCCAAUCCCGCAGUUGAAUGCACAAGUCUGCAGACGUAUGCUGCUGCCUGUGCCCAGGCAGGAGUUUGUCUGCACUGGAGGAACCACACCACACUCUGUGGCAGUAAUUGUCCAUCUGAUAAAGUGUACAAACCUUGUGGUCCUGCUGAACAGCCAACUUGUGAUGACAAUCCAAAUGAGCCCACUUUGAACUAUGCCACAGAGGGUUGCUUUUGUCCUGAUGGAAUGAAGCUCUUCAAUAAGGACUCUGGUAUAUGUGUCAGUAAAUGUGGAUGUCUGGAUCCUGAGGGCAAUCCCCGAGAGUUCAAUGAAAAGUUUGAAUACAAAUGCCAAAAUUGCAUCUGUGAGGAAACCACCAAGACUGUGACUUGUAAACCAAAAGUGUGCCCUCCACCAUCAGUCACAAACUGCACAGGCCCUGGAUUUGUCCUCAUCAACCAAACCAAUCCUUCAAAUCCCUGCUGUUCUGCUUUAAUUUGCCAAUGCCAGAGCAACACAUGUCCAGUGUACAGCAUGAACUGUCCAGUUGGAUACACACCUGUUUUUGGUGUCCCAGAGGGAAGAUGUUGUCCAGAGCAUACAUGUGAGCCCAAAAGAGUUUGUGUCCACAAAGGAAUUGAAUACCAGCCUGGACUACCUGUACCUGGAGUGGGCAUAUGUCAGGACUGUACCUGCACCAAUGAGGUGGACCCACGCAGUGGUCUGUUUAAAAUAAACUGUGUGUUCCAACAGUGUAAUGAAAAAUGUGACAUGGGAUAUGACUAUUUUGAGCCUGCUGGAGAUGAAUGCUGUGGAAAGUGUCUCCAAACACAUUGUAUUUUUAGUAUCAAUGAUACAAAACAUAUUUUGAAGCAAGGAGCAAGCUGGUCUUCACCUAAGAAUAAGUGUGAGCAUUUUACUUGUAUUAAGAGUGGUGAAAUGUUCACUGCUAUCAGUUCACAAAUUAUCUGCCCAGCCUUCCAGGAGAGCAUGUGCCAGCCUGACACUAUUCAAACUGCAGCAAAUGGCUGUUGUAAGACCUGUGUGGAGCGUGAGAAAGCCUGUAAAUUGGUGUCUAUGAGAACUCUUGUCACUCACAAAGACUGCCAGUCUUCAGAGGCAGUAGAAAUACCAUACUGUGAAGGCUCUUGCAACACAUUCACCAAGUACUCAGCAGAAGCAGACAACAUGCAGCACUCAUGUGCCUGCUGUAAGGAGACUCGCUUCAGUAACCGCACUGUGGACUUGCUCUGUCUGAAUGGCGACGUGGUUCAUCACACGUACAUCCAUGUGGAGGAAUGCGGCUGUGGACACACAGACUGCACCAGAGCUGCCCCACUGGGCCGCAGGAGAAGAAGCAUCUCAUUUGUCUAACAGUGCAUAUAACUCCAAAUGCUUCAUGUAUUUGAAUUUAAAUAAUAUAAAUAAUAUAAUUGUACUGUAUUUGUAGCAUUAGACGAAUAAAGCAUU